GAUGUGCGACACGUGACGUCAGAGGGGAAACCUGAGGCAGUACUGUGCGUCUGUGGGCCGCUAAAGAAGAAGUGUGCUUUUUAACAGCACAGCUCUAUUUAUGAUUUAUUUAUUGUGUUUUUGAAGUGUCGCAAUGGCGUCAGAGGGUCCUCAAGAACGAGAAGGCCUCUCCUGCCCUGUGUCGUACUAUGGCUCCACAGACAGCAGUGGGGAACACGACCCCCACCACACGCAUGGCAGUGGAAAUGGACAAAACCAUGUGAAAAACCAACUGGCCCCCCCGUCGGCAGGGUGCUGGGUCGGAACUGACCACAAAGAGGAGGCUCUCCGAAGGAAGCUCAAGUACUUCUUCAUGAGCCCGUGUGAUAAGUUUCACGCUAAGGGACGCAAGCCUUACAAACUCGUACUACAACUUCUCAAAAUUGGCAUUGUCACUGCACAGUUGGUGCUGUUUGGCCUCAGUAACCAGGUGGUGGUGACUUUUAAAGAAGAAAACACGAUGACCUUCAAGAAUCUGUUCCUCAAAGACUAUGAUGAGUCAACAGAUGAUGGCUUUGCAGUUUACACUCAGAAUGACGUCUAUGACCACAUGUUUUACACCGUGGACCAGUACUUGGCCUUGCCUGAGACCACAAUAGGGCGCUAUGCCUACGUGUAUGGUGUGGGUGUGAAUGGCAGUGCUCUGUCCCUGUGCCAGCAGUACUACAAGAAGGGGCACAUAGAUCCCACCAAUGACACUUUCGAUAUAGACCCUCUCGUCAUCACAGAUUGUGUUGGAGUGAACCCUUUGGCAGUCCCGUCAGUUCCUCUCACGAACACCUACAGGAACUUCACCCUUAAAUUCCACAAGCUCAUUAACGUCACGAUCCAGUUCCAACUAAAGGCCAUCAACAUCCAGACCAUCAUCAACAGUGAGAUCCCAGACUGCUACACUUUUUCUAUUACUAUAGUCCUGGACAACAAAGCUCACAGCGGCAAAGUGAAGAUUUGGCUGGAGAAUGACGCAUCUAUAAAAGAGUGUAAAGACCCGAGUGUCUCAGGCCAGGCGGAGAACUACACUCGUGUGGCGUUUGACGUCAUCGUGGCUAUAGUGUGUUUGCUGUCUCUGCUUCUGUGUGGCCGCUCCGUAUUAAGAGGGAUUAUCCUACAGCAGGAGUUUGUCCAGUUUUUCAAAGAGUGCAUGGAUCGUAAGGUGUGCUGGUCAGACCGUCUGGAGUUCAUUAACACCUGGUACAUUCUCCUCAUCAUCAGUGACAUCUUCACCCUCAUCGGCACGUUUAUCAAAAUUGGAAUAGAGUCGAAGAAUUUCUCCACUUACGACCUCUGUGGAAUUCUGCUGGGAACCUCCACUCUCCUUGUGUGGGUCGGGGUCAUUCGGUACCUGACCUUCUUCCAAAAGUACAAUAUCCUGAUUGUGACCCUUCGCGCUGCUUUUCCAAACGUCAUACGGUUCUGCUGCUGUGUGGCCGUCAUCUACCUCGGUUAUUGCUUCUGUGGCUGGAUCGUCCUCGGACCUUAUCACAUAAAGUUUCGUUCGUUGUCUAUGGUGUCUGAGUGUCUGUUUUCCCUGAUCAACGGAGACGACAUGUUUGUGACAUUUGCGGGUCUGAGAGACAGCAGCGCCCUCGUGUGGCUGUUCAGUCAGGUCUAUCUCUACACCUUCAUCUCCCUCUUCAUCUAUAUGGUGCUGUCUCUGUUCAUCGCUCUCAUCACAGGAGCAUACGAGACCAUCAAGCAUCAAACACAGGAGCCCAUCCACAUCACAGACCUACAUGCCUUUAUAGCCGAGUGCACCGAUGCUCCGAGCUCGGGGAAGUUCAGGGGUCUGGAAACAUCACCAUGUUCGUUCUUCUGCUGCUGUGACAGAACCACCACAUAUGAAGAUGUCCUUUUGGUGAACUGAAAACAACCUCAGUGACCUCAGGCGUGUCACUACCUCCCUCUAGUGGCCAUAGGGACACAUUGCUUCAGAAUGUGCCACUGUAAGAUGGGCCAAAUCACUAAAACAGCAGCUGCUUAAACUGAACGUUUUAACACAUUUUAAUGUACAAACACAGGGUUCAAAGUUCAUUCAUUUAUAAAACAUGUGAUGAAACAUGUAUAUUGUAUUUUCAAAUGUUUCAUCGGAAACAGUGUCAAACCGGAUGUGAGCGUUAUGGCUCUGAACAGCACUUUUAACUGCACACCUCAAUGUAUUUUAAUAGAAUAUGAAGUCAUCCCAUUCAAAGUGAUCACUGCCAAAGCAAAGUAAAUGCUCCCUCUGGAGAUUCCUAACCUGCAGGAAAUAAAUAGGACACUACAAAAGCUGAUGUACUUUAAGCUCGCUGUUUCAUGACUUUUCUGUGGGGCAGAGCAGCGUGAUGCAGACAUGACUGGGAUCCUGACAUUUUUCCAUUUUUAUUAUCGUUUAUUGUUUUUUGUAAGAUUUCAAUGCUCAUUUUAAUAUGAGUUGUGCCAAUAAUAUAAUAGAUUAUAAAUAGGUUAAGUAAUGCUUUUAGGCUGUGUAGUGGAUCUGCCUUUGUUUUCCGGACACAGUGUUUUUACUCGUAUAUAUUUGUACAUGUGCGCUAUGUACCUGAUAUCAUGACUACUCUAUUUUCAUGCAGCACUUGAAGUUUUACUUGAAGCCAAAUGAAAGGAUCAUUUUACUGUUUGUGCUGUGUGUACUGAAUGAUUCAGAUUAUUAAAUACAGUCUAUGUUUCCAGAGUCAGGAGGGGGCGCACUUCCACAUGUAUCUGUUUGGUUUACUUGCUGCACACUAUCGCUCUUAAUAACCCUGUGUUAGAGAGAGGAGGUGAUGCAUGGAUCAGUGAUGGGACUUUCGGCUCUUUUUUUAGGAUCCGAAUCUUCAAAAGACACGCUCUUUUACUAUUUAUUUAUAUGACAGAAGCCAAUGUGAGAACUCAUUUUAUCUACAAACUGAUCCCAGAGAGACACAGCCAAGGCUUAAAUGGGUUUAAACUGAGAGUGGGAGUGAGUUUGCCUCUUCGAAUGCAGAAUUAAAAUAAAACGUUGCAUUACAAUACUAAUUUUAAAAUUGUUAUUAUGAAGCCAUGUGUUUUUUUGUGCAUCUCUCACUCUUGUCGCCUGCUCUGCCUUUGUGCUGAUCUUUGUGUUGGUUCAGUGUUAAUCAGUGUAAAAAUGCAGACAAAUUAGAAAGAAAAAAAAUUUGGCUAUUUCAAAAAAUGAAAUCCAGAUCCAACUAUUCACAUUAAGGAGCCGUUCAAAAGAGCAGACUCUUUCAUGAGCAUCACAUCACUAGCAUGAAGACAGUGCUGUGUUGUGUAGUUUGGACACGCGGCCCCCGGGCCCCGUUCUGCGGCUGUGUUCUGUCUCGUGGCCAGUUCCAGACGGUCCAAAAUGAUGAGGUCAUUUCCUGCUUCUGGAACUGGAUAGACACAGCAGUGACCAAUGAUGUAAUGUAACAAUGUCAAAGUAGUAAAGUACUGUACACAAGUAAAGUACAGAUAUCUAAAAAUGUGUACUUAAGUAUUUUUACAUUAUCGUUCUACUCCACACAUUUUUAGCAGGACUGAAAAGUAAAAGUAUUUUUUAUUAUUGUGUGAGACCUGCGGAAAAGGCUGAGGGUUUGUUUUUAAUACAUUCAGAAUUUGAGCAAAACAAAA